GCGUCCCAAAUUGAACGGCAAGCUCAACAACACCUGAUCCAAAAGCCCCUCCCAGGAGUCGAGAAAAAAAUCCCAUCUCCUCUUCCGAAGAGCUUUUGUCCUCAUCCCCACCAUUAUCUCUCGCUGCCUCACAACGCAGCCUCUAUCCCUUCCCCCAAACCCUCAUCCAUGGCUACACCUCUAUCCAGUAUCCACCUUCCUUCCUCCGCCUCCUGCACCGGCGCCAAAACCUCCCCUGCCACCGCCUUCCCUCCGGUCAUCCAAAGGAGCCUGCUUUCUCCCAACUGGAACCGCAUCUCGAAGCAGACAAUCAGACUGAUGGCAAUUUACAGCGCGCCGACGAACCCGGGAGGUCUGUCGGAGAAGGUUUCGGAGAGCAUAAAGAAGGCCGAGGAAGCUUGCGAAGGGGACCCUAAGAGCGGGGAGUGCGCGGCGGCUUGGGACGAGGUGGAGGAGCUCAGCGCCGCCGCCAGCCACGCACGCGACCGAGCUAAGAGCAAGUCGGAUCCGCUCGAGAACUACUGUGAGGAUAAUCCUGAGGUCAAAGAGUGCCGAACCUACGAGGACUGAUCUUGGUUGGGAUAAGAGAACAGGGGAGGAAGAAAAAGAUCGACUUUUUUGGGAUUUGAUAUUUGAUUAGUUUGAGGAGGAGGAUGAUGGUUUGUUUGUCUUUGCUCAAUUAUGGGAUUAUGUAAGGAGUUUUAUUUGGAAUAAAUGGAGUAGGAUGUUGUUUAACCUUA